AUGAUCGACAGAGAACUUCCUUUAUCUAUUCAGACCAAGCACCGGAAUACAUCUAUCAAGAUCUUAAGAAUGGGUAAACUAUUCGAUGGUCUGUAUCCGCAAAUUGUGAAGUUGGCAUUACAUCGCGAUAAGUUAUACAACAGCACAACGAAUUCCAAUUUUUCCGUGACCAUAAAACAAAAUACUGUGGUACAAAAUACGUUUUUGAUUUCUUGUAAGAUUGAUACAAUCAAUAAAGUAUUGCGUGAAUUUUAUGAACGUAGCAAUAAAAAGAAGCCUCCUUAUGCCUUGGGAUUAAAAUCUAUUCGCACUCUUAAUACGACAAUUAUGAUUACUCACAACGAGUUAUUAUUAGCUCAAACGUUAAAUAGACAUCGAGAUCUCAACGUUACACUAAAACAUUAUAAUUCUUCUUGUUUUGAAGAAAAAAUUGCCGAUGCUUACGUAAAAUUGUAA